AUGAUGUCAUUUCUUCUCCGUUUUCCAACGCGCUUCAGUAUCGUGUGCGCACCGCGGCAGCUAUCAACCGUGGCGGAGACUGUUACACCAAGCACACGACGACGCUUGCGAGAGCUUCCGCCACCUUUGAAACUUACGGAUGCAGCCGCAACACGUAUUAAGGAGUUGCUGGUGAAUAAGCCAGACGCAAUUGGGAUAAGGCUUGGUGUCAAAACGCGCGGAUGCAAUGGGUUAUCGUAUACAAUGAACUACGCAGAAAAGAAAGAGAAUUUGGAGGAGGAGGUGAACAAGAAUGGUGUACGCGUCUUUGUGGAACCCAAAGCUUUAUUUCACGUGGUUGGUACGACAAUGGACUUUCAGGUAACUCCAGUCUCGUCAGAGUUUGUUUUUGAAAAUCCAAACGCUAAGGGUAGCUGUGGGUGCGGUGAAAGUUUUAACGUGUAA